UUUGAAGUUACUUGGACUGUCUCGUCUCUCAGAGUUAGCAAUGGUAAUAAGAACCAUAUCCUGCAGUAGCCAAUAUGAUGUUAGUAAGCAAACAUCAGCAGAAAGAUGAAAUGUAAUUGAACUUACUGUGUGAUAAGUUUUAAAAGUAUAGGAUUCAGAUGGAUAAUCCUCGAAAAGAAAAUUGGCUACAAGUCUGCUCUGCAUGCAACCUUGACAAAUACAGUAAAGUUACGUAUUUGCGCCGCCUCUCUGCCGUUGAUUUUGUCACUCCCAGAAUGCAACGCUAUACCAGUGUUAUUUUAUUUGUCUAGAGCAGAAAUUAGCUUGUAGCUUGUAUUAUACAUUACUAUGAAACAAAAGAGGCGUUGUUUGUGAACGUUUUACUUAUGACGUACUGAACCGGAAACUUUGAAUCUGUGGAUAUAUUUCCAGGUAUAAGGAAGUCAGAUAUCAAAACGUACCGUUAUCAGCACACUGACAGCUAUUGCUCCUCAGUGUCUCGGAGCAAAUAUGACAUUAGCAUAUUAUCUGAGCGUUACAUUACCUCCUCCCUUGCAGCCAGUCAGGCACAUCAUUCUGAUACAUGACUCCAAUUUGCUCAAAUUUAGGUAGGGACAUGUCCCAACUGUCCAUAAGCAAAACCCAGUGAGCAAAGCCACGCCUCCUGGCCUAUUGAACUUUAUUAUUUAAGUUAAAUGAAACAGAAUAGAAAUGAAUGAAUAGAAUGAAAUAAAAUAGAUUGACAGUUACCAUUUGCCAUCUAAUUAAAAUGAAUGGACUAUUGUAUAUAGACUACAUUUUGUUAUGGCAAGCCCUUUUACGACGCCUGUGGGUGUGUUUGAGGGGGUAUCCAAUAGCAACCUGGAGCGCACAUUAAAGGAACUCCAUUGAUGACGUCACAGAGAACCUUCACCUAACGAUCUCACGGUUACAUUUGGACAUACGUUUGGAGCUACUGUUCACACACACAGAGGCUGCAAUUUGAAUUUGAGAAGUCAAGGAUUUCAGAAAUUGUCUACUGUAUAACAUUACCAAGUUUGGUUUCGCUAUGGGGUGUACACACAGUACUAGAAAAAAAACAAAAAAGACAAAGAAGAGGUGCAAACAAACUGAGGUCCAACAAAUGCUGGAACCUUCACCUUUCUAUGACAGAUCAAUGAUAGACAAAAUAGGGUGUCAGCAACUGACAGCCACCACUGAGGGUGAAUUUAACAAUAUAAAAAGUGAAAAAGAAAAACUGGAAGCCACACUGAUAAAAGCUGAAGAACAACAGCUCAACAACUGCUGUCUUGAGAAUAAUCAGUUGAUUGCUGGUCUGCCUCCUUCUGAGCUGGAGGAGAGGUGUUCCCUCCAGGCAGACCUGGACAAAACCCAGCACUGCCAUGUUGCCCACCUAGAGCAGCAAAAGAAAGAGGCACCGCAGCUUGUGGCUGAUUUAGCGACAUUCAACGAGAUGGCAGAGAAUGAGCGCCUCCAGUGGAAACAGGAGAAAGGCUCCCUGUUAGAUGAAACUGAGAAAUGUGGAGCCUCCAAUGAGAAUGAGAACAAUAAUUUACUGCAAGAGAAGAGUGAUGUCAUGGCACACUUAAAGAACAGGGAAGAACAGCCAAAGUAUCGCCAUGUCAAGUGGAGGAAAUAUAAAACCUUCUACAUGACACAGCUGAAGAAAUACAAAAGUCUCCGUAAAACCCAAAAUAAUACCCCGAGAAAGGCUCGAAUGAAGUAUAAGCAGAAAAAGGCAAUGCACCUUCAGACCACAGAGGAACUCAAGAGUGCCCUGCAGAAAAAGGAGCAGGAGUUGGAGAGGACAGAGAGCUCUAUGAAGGCCCAGCUGGAGCAACUCAUUCUUGAGAAUAAUCAGCUGAGGGCUGCUCAGACAGAGGCACAGCAGCUUGUGACUGAUUUAGUGACAUUCAAAGAGACAGCAGAGAAUGAGCGCCUCCAGUGGAAACAGGAGAAAGCCUCCCUGCUGGAUGAAAUUGAGAAAUGCAGAGCCUCCAAUAUGAUUGAGCACAAUAAUCUGCUGCAAGAGAAGAACAACCUCAUGGCAGCAUUAAAGAACAGGGAAGAAGAGCUAGAGUGUUGCCAUGUCCAGUUGCAGAAAGACAACACCUUCUACAUGACAGAGUUGAACAAAUACAAAAAGUAUGUAGGCAUGUGUAUGACCAAAAAUAAUUCCCUGGAGAAGGCUUGUAUGUAUGUACAGGAAAUGUAUGAACAGGAAAAGGCAAUGCACCUUCAGAUCACAGAGGAACUCAAGAGUACCCUGCAGAGAAAGGAGCAGGAGUGGGAGUGGAGAGAGAGCUCUAUGAAGGCCCACCUGGAGGAACUCAGUCUUGAGAAUAAUCAGCUGAGGGCUGUUCAGAAGGAAGCAGAGCAGCAAAAGAAAGAGGCACAGCAGCUUCUGGCUGAUUUAGAGACAUUCAACGAGAUGGCAGAGAAUGAGCGCCUCCAGUGGAAACAGGAGAAAGCCUCCCUGCUAGAUGAAAUUGAGAAAUGCAAAGCCUCCAAUGAGAUUGAGCACAAUAAACUACUGCAAGAGAAGAGUGAUGUCAUGGCAGCAUUAAAGAACAGGGAAGAAGAGCUAGAGUGUUGCCAUGUCCAGUUGCAGAAAGACAACACCUUCUACACGACACAGCUGAAGAAAUACAACGAGCUGUGUAUCACCCAAAAUAAUACCCUGAAGAAGGUUCGUAUGAAGUAUGAACAGGAAAAGGCAGUGCACCUUCAGACCACAGAGGAACUCAAGAGUACCCUGCAGAGAAAGGAGCAGGAGUGGGAGUGGAGAGAGAGCUCUAUGAAGGCCCACCUGGAGGAACUCAGUCUUGAGAAUAAUCAGCUGAGGGCUGUUCAGAAGGAUGCAGAGCAAAAGUGGCAGUGGGAGAGGUGUUUCCUCCAGGUAAACCUGGACCAAACCCAGCGCUGCCAUGUUGCCUACCUAGAGCAGCUUCUGGCUGAUCUAGACACAUUCAAAGAGUGGGUAGAGAAUGAGUGCCUCAAGUGGAAACAGGAGACAGCCUCCCUGCUAGAUGAAAUUGAGCAAUACAGAGCCUCCAAUGAGAUUGAGCACAAUAAUCUACUGCAAGAGAAGAACGAUCUUAUGGCAGAACUGAAGAACAGGGAAGAAGAGCUAGAGUGUUGCCAUGUCCAGUUGGAGAAAGACAACACCUUCUACAUGACACAGCUGAACAAAUACAAAAAGUAUGUAGGUAUGUGUAUGACCCAAAUUAAUAUCCUGGAGAAGGCUUGUAUGAAUUAUGAACAGGAAAAGGCAAUGCACAUUCAGAUCACAGAGGAACUCAAGAGUACCCUGCAGAGAAAGGAGCAGGAGUGGGAGUGUAGAGAGAGCUCUAUGAACGCCCAGCUGGAGCAACUCAGUCUUGAGAAUAAUCAGCUGAGGGCUGUUCAGAAGGAAGCAGAGCAACAGUGGCAGUGGGAAAGGUGUUCCCUCCAGGCAGACCUGGACAAAACCCAGUGCUGCCAUGUUGCCCACCUAGAGCAGCAAAACACAGAUGCACCGCAGCUUCUGGCUGAUUUAGUGACAUUCAUAGAGACGGCAGAGAAUGAGCGCCUCCAGUGGAAACAGGAGAAAGCCUCCCUGUUAGAUGAAAUUGAGAAUUACAGAGCCUCCAAUGAGAAUGAGAACAAUAAUUUACUGCAAGAGAAGAGUGAUGUCAUGGCAGACUUAAAGAACAGGGAAGAACAGCCAAAGUGUUGCCAUGUCAAGAGGAGGAAAUAUAAAACCUUCUACGUGACACAGCUGGAGAAAUACAAAAGUCUCCGUAAAACCCAAAAUAAUACCCCGAGAAAGGCUCGAAUGAAGUAUAAGCGGAAAAAGGCAAUGCACCUUCAGACCACAGAGGAACUCAAGAGUACCCUGCAGAGAAAGGAGCAGGAGUUGGAGAGGACAGAGAGCUCUAUGGAGGCCCAGCUGGAGGAACUCAGUCUUGAGAAUAAUCAGCUGAGGGCUGUUCAGAAGGAAGCAGAGCAGCAGUGGCAGUGGGAGAGGUGUUCCCUCCAGGCCGACUUGGACAAAAUCGAGCGCUGCCAUGUUGCCCACCUAGAGCAGCAAAAGACAGAUGCACUGCAGCUUCUGGCUGAUUUAGUGACAUUCAACGAGAUGGCAGAGAAUGAGCGCCUCCAGUGGAAACAGGAGAAAGCCUCCCUGUUAGAUGAAACUGAGAAAUGUGGAGCCUCCAAUGAAAUUGAGCACAAUAAUUUACUGCAAGAGAAGAGUGAUGUCAUGGCAGACUUAAAGAACAGGGAAGAACAGCCAAAGUGUUGCCAUGUCAAGAGGAGGAAAUAUAAAACCUUCUACGUGACACAGCUGAAGAAAUACAAAAGUCUCCGUAAAACCCAAAAUAAUACCCCGAGAAAGGCUCGAAUGAAGUAUAAGCGGAAAAAGGCAAUGCACCUUCAGACCACAGAGGAACUCAAGAGUACCCUGCAGAGAAAGGAGCAGGAGUUGGAGAGGACAGAGAGCUCUAUGGAGGCCCAGCUGGAGGAACUCAGUCUUGAGAAUAAUCAGCUGAGGGCUGUUCAGAAGGAAGCAGAGCAGCAGUGGCAGUGGGAGAGGUGUUCCCUCCAGGCCGACUUGGACAAAAUCGAGCGCUGCCAUGUUGCCCACCUAGAGCAGCAAAAGACAGAUGCACUGCAGCUUCUGGCUGAUUUAGUGACAUUCAACAAGAUGGCAGAGAAUGAGCGCCUCCAGUGGAAACAGGAGAAAGCCUCCCUGUUAGAUGAAACUGAGAAAUGUGGAGCCUCCAAUGAAAUUGAGCACAAUAAUUUACUGCAAGAGAAGAGUGAUGUCAUGGCAGACUUAAAGAACAGGGAAGAACAGCCAAAGUGUCGCCAUGACAAGUGGAGGAAAUAUAAAACCUUCUACAUGACACAGCUGAAGAAAUACAAAAGUCUCCGUAAAACCCAAAAUAAUACCCCGAGAAAGGCUCGAAUGAAGUAUAAGCAGAAAAAGGCAAUGCACCUUCAGACCACAGAGGAACUCAAGAGUACCCUGUAGAGAAAGGAGCAGGAGUUGGAGAG